CACACGAUUGCAAUCUGCUGUGGCCAGACUCGUCGACAUGGCGUCUCUGGGCGCAGCGCUCGAAGCGCUGUCCGACCUCGCCCGCGCAUGUCUGCACCGGGCACGAGACCGUCAACUCAAACUCCGUCUGGUCAACGUGAUGACAUACGGUCUCUUGGCUCGGCAUCACCUGGCCCGCCUCACUGACGUCCGUGUCGCUGGCCAUGCUCACCCUCACUAUCUGGAUCUGGUGAAGCAGCUCGAAGACCACUUGAGCGCCUUCACCACUGCAGUCACUGGCUCCGCCGAGGAUACUGGCAAACCCCCACUUCUCACGCUCCGCUCCGAAUGGGAUAGGGUAUGCACGAAGGACGAAGCAUCACAAUCCGCCUUCCUCAGCUCCAUUUUCGUGCUGGCACAGGGCUCGGGUCGGCUUGAGGUCCUCAUCGAAGCCCUCGAACGCUGGGAGACUGAUGUACGGAGGCAGUUUCCAGAGGAUCAGCUCGAUCAAAUCACCGACGACAACUCGGAAGCCCGGAACAUCGGCGGGCCAUCUUUCGCGGUCCGUCGAGCUGCGCAGUCAGUAACCGAGGCGCUGUUGGCAUGUAAGGAGUGUAGCUGCCUGCCCGAGCAUCACUAUGGCGCAAGUCUCUGUCUGGGAACUUAUCAGACGCCCGCUGCAAACGCUCAGGACGGCGUCAACUUCGACAUGUUCCUGUCAACGUCGGAGAAUUGGCAGGAAGUCCGCAUGCAUACAAUUCGGGCCAAGGGCAUCCACUUCGAUACAGAAGCAGAGCAUAGACUUAGAUCACGCAAAGGCCAGUCGAUAUCGGAGUCGCAGAGGGCGCCGCCAGUCAAGAUUGCUAAGCUAUGUGAGCCUCUUUACAAAGUUCGGAUGAGGAAAGUUCCGGAGAGACUGGAGUUCAAGGUCGACAAGGGCCAGCUUUACAAGUUGCAUUCUCUCAAGCACACCACAACAGUGGAUCUCUCAAAGAGUCCCGUUUCUCUGCAACAAUGCCUUCGUGGACAGCCACAUGCUUUUACUGAAAAGACCAAGCGGGUGCUGGCUGUGGUAUUGAGCUAUUCUAUACUGCAUCUACACGACACGCCGUGGCUACAAUCGACCUGGGACUCGUCCAGCAUCAUCUUUUUUCAUACUGCUAGCUCACAGAUUCCCCUCAAACCAUAUCUCCAAGCGCAGCUCUCGAGCAUGGGAGGCCAUAUGGACGUCCCGGUGGACGGACAGCGAAUAAGCGAUUGCGCACAUGGACGUGAAACGCACAUACGAGCGGAUAGUCCCGAGGAAGAUGGCAUUUUCGAGCACCCAUGUCCCGUGGUCGUCACCCUGGCCAUGAUUCUGCUCGAGAUCUACUUCGUGCAACCUUUCGAUGAGCUGGCUGCUCGAUUCGGUGUCGACGUCGACGAACAAGGCUCCACUUGGCUUCAUGCUUGCGAUGUUUUCGACCGCUGCAAGCACGAGAUCCCUAGCGACUCUCGACUGCUACACGCUGUUGACCAGUGUCUAAACCAAGACAUCUGGCAAGACGAGGCAGGAAACAAGCUGAGAUCGGACCAGACUGCCAUCACAAUAUUUGAUGGGAUUGUGGUUCCACUACAGACUGACUUAGAGAAAGCCUUCAGUUACAUACCCAUCAGCGAGCUCGACCAGUAUAUUCAGAACAUUGAUCUCAGUAGCUGGAAUCAGGCCUUGUGGAACGAGGCGACGCCAUUGUCAAUCCCUCAGAGUCAUAUCGACACUAGUAAAACCAAUUCAGACAUCUCUCUGGAGGUGCCUUCAGCGUCUCCAGGUUCGGUCUGUAGAGACGCGGAGCAAUGCACACAAAAUCUCCUAACCGCGGAACUCGGUCUAUCCGGCUUGGAGACAGUCAGUAGGACGCCCUCGCCACUGUCUCAAAUGGUGAAUCCAAGCGUCGUGGUGCAGAGUAAUGAGCACAACAUCCAUCGAUUCUUCGAUGACGAGUCGGGCCCCGAAUGUCAGAUACUCGAAAGUUGCCAAGGCUACGCAAGCUGGCACUCACAGUAUUGCGGCGUCUACGACAAGUUUAUAUCUGCUCAAUCUGCACAAAUUUUGCCCACAAGUCGAGUCAAGAUUGCCAUCUUAGAUACAGGGGUUGACUUGAAUCACUUCGACAUCCAGGCUAAUUUCGACAGGAUUAAAGCAAGGAUGGACUUUGUGCGUGGGGGCAGUGACCGUCAGUCCCAAAACACGUCUGACCUUAAUGGACACGGCACUUUUGUGACAGAUCUGGUACUUCAGUAUGCACGAGACGCAGAUAUUUACGUGGCAAAGAUCGCCGACAAGCGGCCGUCCACCCCACAAAUCAUUGCUAAGGCAAUCCUACAUGCUGUCAAGGUAUGGAAGGUUGAUAUAAUUAGCAUGUCCUUCGGCUUUCCCAGCCGCGAUAUCGAGGGCUACAGUGAACUGGAGCGCGCAUUAAAACAAGCUGCGUAUGAGGACGUGCUCGUCUUCGCCGCCGCCUCGAACAGCGGUGGCCGUCUAGGUCGAGCGUUCCCCGCGCGAGAACGCAAUGUUAUCUGCGUCCACUCGACGGACAACCUCGGCAACCCAUCACCAUUUAGUCCCACCGCGCAGGGAAUCAGCUUGGCCACAGUAGGCGAGGCCGUUAAGGCUGCGUGGCCGUCACACCUCUGUCCGGCCGACGCCGUAGAAGAUACGACGCAUAAGAGUGGCACGUCCUUUGCGACCCCUAUUAUGGUCGGUAUAGCUGCGACGUUGAUGUUGUAUGCGAGACUUAAUUUGUCUUCUGUGCAAGCCGCGGCGCUGAAACAGCAGCAGCAGAUGGAGAAUCUCCUAUGCCGUGUAGCGACCAAGACGCCCGGAGCACCACUAAGGGGAGGCUAUCACUUUGUGGACAUGAGCCUGUAUGGAGAUAGCUUAUUCGGUAAAGAGAAGGCGUAUAUAGAUGCCACGAUCGAGGAUGUACUGAGGAGCUGAUCCUCACAGUUAUCUUCACGUCCCAGCCAGCUCAGCCUAGCUAUAAUACAGAUCAUAAGCUUGACUUCACAAACGGGUCGCGGAAAUGGUUACUGAGUUAAUCUAUAUAAUUCAGAUGGAGUAGUACCCU